AGCACCAUACCGCAGCAGCAGCAAGUUAAACAACAUGAACAAGUGAUCAUCCAGCAGCAGUAGCUGUGUACACUGGCUGCUGGCCGCUCUGAUGUCUGUAUAGACGACAACGACACAACGUCCAAACGAGACUAUACACUUUGGAUUAUUGAAUCAGGUAGACAGAUAGGCGUUAGUCGUUCUACAGCCCUGAUCGAGUUUAAAUCUAUUCCGUUGAGAGCAGAGAUACAUUCGUUUCAAAAAAAAAAAUAUAUACAAAAAAAAAAAGAUACACCAAUACAAGAUACUCUGAGCUGAACUCAAAAAAAAAAAAAGAUAUACUUGAACAAGAAGAAGCAAAAAAAAACAACUACCAAAAUCCAAAAAGUCAGCUUAGAGAUACAAUUUAUGCUAACGCAAAAAAAAAAAAAAGUAUCUACACACAACUUUGUAUCUUUUUUUCUAUUUUUUCUUCUUUAACUAAUUUUUUAAUAUAAAUUAAUUACUGUGUCAUAUAAAAAAAAAAAAAUAAAAAAAAAAAAAAGUUGCGCAAGUUAAAAAAGAUUAAUAAUCGUGUUUGCAGUCUAUAAACCAGAAAUAUUGAAAAACAAGUCGUCGUCUCUCGUAGUCGUAUUUGCCUCGUUCGUUAUUCGUUCAUACAAAUGAAAGCAAAAAUACAAUUAUUUUUCAUAUCAAAAUAACCCUGCUGAAUGUUGUUGUUAUUACCCGUGAUUUUCGACUUGACUCGAAUCGAACAAUCUUCAACAACAAUUGGAUUACACACUACCACGAGAUACAAUUCAAUACACGACCCUACAAUAUCGAUAAGAUUUUGUAACUUUUUUUUUUUUUUUUCAAUAAUAUCCAAUCCGCAAAUCUUCGAAAAUGAUGGUUAUGAAUAUUUCCUAUAAAUUUGUAAAAUUAUUUAAACAAAAUACAAUAAAGUGCACUUUAAAUAUUAAAAUAUAAAUUAAAAAAAAAAAAAAAAAACAAGACUAAAGUGAAAAUUUUCUACAUUUUUAAAUGUCUACUACUACAACUACUACAAAUGCAACAAAAAACAUCUCUCAAAUCAGAAGAUACAACAACAACAACUGUGAAGAAGAAAAAGUUAAACGAAAUCAACAAAAUAACCACAUGAAUUAAAAAAAAAAAAAAAAAAAAAAAAUAAGAAAAAUAUUUUUAUAGUUAUUGAUUUUUUUUUUUUCUUACAAUAAAAGGAAAGUGUUAAAUUUACUCUGUGUGAAGAAGAAUUUAUCCAAAAAAUUUGUCCUAAUUUUACAAAAUAUAUUUUCUUCUUUUUAAACAAAUUGAAAGAAAAAAAAUUUUUUUUUUGUGUCUCUGGUUGUCACAUAUAUUUUGAAUGCACCUGUUGUUGUUGCUCUUGCCAUCACUACUCUGGUUGUUGCUGCAUUAUUAUUAUUAUUGCAGAGUUACAUCCAUCAUCAAAGUGAAAAGAAAAUACUACAACAACAACAACAAUACCAACAACAACAAUAAUAAAUACAACUACGUAUCUAUAACUGACAUGAUUGUAACAGUAAUUAGUGAUCAUAAUUAUUUCAUAGAUGCUGUUUGGCAUUUUUGUGACAAUUAUUAUUGUAAUAAUACAACAACGGCAAAAAAAAGUUUUUAAAAACUAUAUAUUUUUUAUAUAUCACUAUCGUCGGAAAACAAUUAUAAAAACAAAAAUUUGUGUGUUAUAUAUAUUUUUUUUGUUGUUAAAAAAGUUUAAAAAUUUAUUUAAAAUUUUAUUUAACUUUAAUUUUUAAAAUAAAAUAAGAAAAUAAAAAUUAAUUAAAUGGAUAUCAGUACAAUAACUAUAUUUUUUUGUAAAUGAAGUGUAGAACGAUUAUAAGAAAAUUUUUAAUUAAAAAUUUUGUUUAAAUAUUUUUAAUAAAAUAUUUAACACGCGCACGCGGACAAAACAAGAAAACAUAAGACUGAGAGUUGCAAGCGACCAUGGGCGCAUGGCUUCUAUUCCUUAUAGUGCUGGCGACUAUAAAACCCAUCGUUCAAGUUGCUAGCACAGAGGAUUUACAACCAUCAACAUCAACAUCAUCAUCGUUGUCGUUGUCUUCGUCGUACUCAACGUCGUUAUCGUCAUCGCUAUCGUCGUCGUCAUCUCCAUCAUUACCAUUUCCAGUGAUUGAUAAUAUUAAUUCUAAUAAUAAAUUAAGUGAUAGUGAUAGUAGCCGAAGAAGAAGUGGUCUUUUAGACAACAACAACAACAACAAUAGCAACAACAGCAGCAGUAAAUUAGUUAAAGACAAUACAAUCGAAAUGGAUUUAAUAACGAAACAAGAAGAAACAUCAAAUAAUAAUAAUAAUAUCAUCGAAUCAUCAUCAUUAUCAUCUGAUAAUCAAUCAAUUGAUGAUGAUAAUCAAUAUCAUAGUGAACAAUAUCCAAGUGAUAAUAAUAAUAACAAUGAUAAUAUGGAUAAUAAUAGUAUAGAUGAUAAUAGUUUAAGUGAUACUACUACAACAAGCACAGUGAUUGCUAAAAAGCCUGAUCCUGAUACUCUAGUCGAAAUUGAAAAUAGCCUUCUAUCAUUGUUCAACAUGAAGAAGCCGCCGAAAAUUGAUCGAACAAAAAUAAUAAUACCUGAAGCUAUGAAAAAGCUCUACGCACAAAUAAUGGGCGAAGAAUUUGAUUCUGUAAAUAUUCCUAAGCCUGGCUUAUUAACGAAAUCAGCGAAUACAGUUAGAAGUUUUACACAUCAAGACAGUAAAAUCGACGAACGAUUUCCCCAUCAUCAUCGAUUUAGAUUACAUUUUGACGUCCGGACAAUACCCGCUGAAGAAAAACUCAAAGCUGCCGAACUCAGUUUAAAUCGCGAUCUAAUAAGCGGCCUUGCCCGAACAUCAGCAGCCAAUCGAACUGCAUAUCAAGUCUUAGUCUAUGAUAUUUUAAAAGUUGGCAUCAAAGGUAAACGCGAACCAAGCUAUCUCCUACUAGAUAGCAAACAAAUUCGCUUAAAUAGCACUGAAAUUGUUAGUUUUGAUGUACAACCAGCUGUCGAUCGAUGGCUAGCUGCACCAAAAAAUAACUACGGACUAUUGGUUGAGGUCCGAACAGCAAAACAUUUAAAACCGGCGCCACACAAUCAUGUACGCCUGCGACGCAGUGCGCAUGAAACACCCGAGGAAUGGUCACACAAACAGCCAUUGCUCUUCACCUACACCGAUGAUGGGCGACAUAAGUCGCGAUCGGCACGCGACAUGAGCCGACCGAAACGUGCCCAUCAUACGCGAAAAUCACAUCGGAGGAAAAACAACGACGAAAUUUGCCGCCGGCAUUCGUUGUAUGUUGACUUUGCUGAUGUGGGGUGGGCCGAUUGGAUUGUGGCGCCACCAGGCUAUGAUGCCUACUACUGUCAUGGAAAGUGUCCGUUUCCGCUGGCCGAGCAUUUGAACACAACCAACCAUGCGGUGAUACAAACUUUAGUCAAUAAUAUCCAUCCAGGUAAAGUACCAAAGCCAUGCUGUGUGCCAACACAAUUGACAAGCAUUUCGAUGCUAUAUUUGAAUGAUGAAAAGUCGGUAGUUCUGAAGAGUUAUCAGGAUAUGACAGUAGUUGGUUGCGGUUGUCGAUGAUUGUUAGCUGAUAGUGGAAAUUAUUUUGGAAGAGCAGCAACAACAACAAAAACAAAACAACAAAGGGAAAUAGAAUAUUAAUCUAUACAACUACUUACACACAGUAACACACACACACACAGAUAGUUUGGUGUUUAAUAAUGACAAAAUCUAUUCCAUCUGUGCCAUUUUAUAUGCGUUCUAUAUUCUAAAUGGUGUUUGAGGGAAAUCAAAAUUGUACAACAUGUGGAUGUUUACACACACAUUCUGUUGUAGCUUUGGGAAACUGCUUUGACAAUGGCAGAUUCAUUUGGCUAUUGAGCUAUAGAAGUCUUGCGUCAAAGGACCAACGACUUUUACAUCAAAAAGAUGGGAUCUGCUGAAAGCGUUACCGGACACAAAAAUGCAGUUUGUGAAGCUUAGGAUCCACUUUUUUGAAAUUUAUAGUAAAAUAUCAGAUUAAGCCGGGAUCAACGCAAGUUACAUGUUUGAUACGUCAAAAACAGUCUCCCGCUAUCAAAUUAUUGACAUUUGAUGAGUAUGGAGUCAUAAAGAACCUAUUAAAAUCUAACUUGCUUUGAACUUGACCA